AUGGAGGCGGAGAGCACGGCCAACGGCAGCAUUGCCAACAGAAGCUCCCCACUGAGUUUCGCCGGCACCGACCUGCUCCAGCGGUACAAGCCCUUCUUCAUCCUGCUGUACUGUGCGCUGGUGGCCGUGGCCUGCGUGGGCAACGCCUUCCUGAUCGGCUGCAUCGCGGCGGACAAGAAGCUCCACAAUGCCACCAACUUCUUCAUUGGCAACCUGUCGGCCGCCGACCUGCUGAUGUGCCUGAGCUGCGUGCCCCUCACCCUGUCCUACGCCUUCGAGCCGCGGGGCUGGCUCUUCGGGGGCUUCAUGUGCCACUUCGCCUCGCUGCUGCAGUCUGCCACCGUCUACGUGUCCGUGCUGUCGCUGACGGCCAUCGCCGUGGACCGCUACAUGGUGGUGGCGCAUCCCAUCCGCCGGAGGACUUCUCGCCGCUGGUUUGGUCUCACCGCGGCCGUCAUUUGGCUCGUGUCCCUCGCAUUGGCCAGUCCGGCCGCCAUCCACACCAUCUACCAAGAGCUCCCACUGGUCGACUUCAGCGCCUGCGGGGAAUCUUGGCCGGCACUGGAGAGUCAAAGGAUAGUGUACUCCUGCACCAUCCUCCUGUUGUCCUACAUGCUCCCUCUCUCUGCUGUCAUCAUCUCCUACUGCGCCAUCAUUGUCCACCUGAAGAGACGGGACGGGUUGGGAGAAUCCGGGAGGAAUUCCGUCCACUGGAGCAAGGAGAAGAGGAGGACCUUCCUCCUCCUGGUGAUCUCAGUCCUGGUCUUUGCUGUCAGCUGGCUGCCUCUGCAGAUCCUGAACUUCAUCAUUGACCUCGACGUCAAGUUGACCAUCCUCAACUACAACUACAUCAAGGUCCUGCACUUGUCCUGCCAUUGGGUGGCCAUGAGUUCCUCGUGUUACAACCCCUUCAUCUACGCCUCGCUCCACCGCAAGUUCAGGCUCCGCCUCCGAGAUUAUGUGGAGCGCAGGAAGAGGAAAGGAAGCUUUGUGUCCAACGUCUUGUUCCCUGCCGCUCCCACCAGCAGCUGA